AUGUAUGGCCCACCAGUGGAUCUUUCUUUUAAAAAUCUCAGCAAUGUUUCAGGUGCAUUGGCAGAGCUGCCCCGAAGUCUGCUCCGCCCCUUAACCACAAACUCAAAGGGGAAGUACCUGAGCUGCUCUCUGCGUCUCAGUAAUAACAGCCUCACCGACCUUGUUGGCCUCCAGUACACGAUCAACCACUUUUUUGCACAGCCAUCAAAGCUUGGAUGGUUGGAUCUGUCCUUCAACAAAAUCACCUGCAUAGAACCUGUUUUGUGUGAGCUGAAAGAACUGCGUGUGCUGUAUCUUCAUGGCAACAGCAUCUGGAACCUGUCAGAAGUGGACAAGCUGAGAGAGCUCCAGCAUCUGCACACAAUCACAUUGCAUGGCAAUCUCAUAGAAACAAGCAAAGGCUACAGGAAUUAUGUGAUUUCUGUAUUGCCUCAGCUGAAGACGAUGGACUUCAGCGGUGUGACACGAGAUGAGCGGGUCAUGGCAGAUAUCUGGCAUUCUCAUGGCACCAAAAAUACCCGAGAUCAUUAA